AAAACCCUUUGGCUUUGACAGCAACCGCCACAAGUCUUUCCGCCUUCCCAGCCUGGAUGGAGCUGGGGGAUUAUGGGGGCCUGAUCAGAAAAUGAAGGUUGUAGGAGCCUAGAGCCCCAAGCAGCCCCUGCCACCUCCCCUACCCGCCUGCUCAUGCUGACGUCUACCAAGAGGACAAGAAAAAAAAUCUAUCCGCUCAACAUGCCCAGCACUCUUACCCUUCAGGGGCCCUGAGCUUCCCCCUUCUAGAUGCCUGAUGGGGCUGCAUGCCUGUCUAGAUGUGGCACUGGGCACUCUCUCUUGCACUCAGGAGAUUUCUUUCUCUGUCCUACUUCCAAAGCCUGAAGCAUGAGGGCAGCUGAGUGAUCCUGUUGGGUGUGGGAUCCUAAUGCCCCUGGGCUCCCUUUCCUAAGAAGCCUGCCCAUCACCACCACCCAAAGAGUUGGGGAGUGGGGAGGGGGUGAGAAGAAAGGGGGAGGAGAGGGAUCUAGAGAGGGACUGAGAGGGUUGGGGGCAUCAUGGCUCAAGCCCUGCCCUGGGUCUUGCUGUGGAUGGGCUCAGGGGUGUUGUGCACCCAGCCAGGAAUCCGGCUCCCCCUGAAGAGUGGACUCUCCUUGGGUCUCCGGCUGCCUCGGGAGGCCAUCGAGGAACUGGAUGAGUCCAGCCGCAGAAGCAGUUUUGUAGAGAUGGUGGACAACCUGAGAGGCAAGUCUGGUCAAGGCUACUACGUGGAAAUGACAGUGGGCAGUCCUCCACAGACGCUCAACAUCCUAGUGGACACAGGCAGCAGUAACUUUGCAGUAGGAGCUGCCCCUCACCCUUUCUUACAUCGAUACUACCGGAGACAGCUAUCCAGCACCUAUCGAGACUUACGGAAGGGUGUAUACGUGCCCUACACCCAAGGCAAGUGGGAGGGCGAGCUGGGCACUGACCUAGUAAGCAUCCCUCAUGGCCCAAAUGUCACCGUACGUGCCAACAUUGCUGCCAUCACUGAGUCUGACAAGUUCUUCAUCAAUGGCUCUAACUGGGAGGGCAUCCUGGGACUGGCUUAUGCUGAGAUUGCCAGGCCCGAUGAGAGCCUGGAGCCCUUCUUUGACUCUCUGGUGAAGCAGACCCAAGUACCCAACCUCUUCUCCCUACAGCUGUGUGGCACGGGCUUCCCAAGCCUCAACCAGUCUGAGGCAAUGGCCUCAGUUGGCGGGAGCAUGAUCAUUGGGGGCAUUGACCAUUCCCUAUAUGUGGGCAGUCUGUGGUACACACCGAUCCGACGAGAAUGGUACUAUGAAGUUGUCAUUGUUCGGGUGGAGAUCAAUGGGCAGGACCUGAAAAUGGACUGUAAGGAGUACAACUAUGACAAGAGUAUUGUGGACAGUGGCACCACCAACCUGAGACUGCCCAAGAAAGUGUUUGAGGCUGCAGUCAAGUCCAUCAAGACAGCCUCCUCGACAGAGAAAUUCCCAGAUGGCUUCUGGCUAGGGGAGCAGCUGGUGUGCUGGCAAGCUGGCACUACCCCCUGGAACAUCUUCCCAGUCAUCUCACUCUACCUAAUGGGUGAAGUCACUAAUCAGUCCUUCCGAAUCACCAUUCUGCCACAGCAAUACCUAAGGCCAGUGGAGGACGUUGCCACGUCUCAAGAUGACUGCUACAAGUUUGCCAUCUCACAAUCAUCCACGGGCACUGUUAUGGGAGCUGUGAUCAUGGAAGGCUUCUACGUUGUCUUUGACAGAGCCCACAAACGAAUUGGCUUUGGUGUCAGUGCCUGCCACGUGCACGACGAGUUCCGGACAGCAGCAGUGGAAGGCCCCUUUGUUAUCGCAGACAUGGAGGACUGUGGCUACAACAUUCCACAGACAGAUGAGUCGACCCUCAUGACCAUCGCCUACGUCAUGGCCGCCAUCUGUGCUCUCUUCAUGCUUCCACUCUGCCUCAUGGUGUGCCAGUGGCGCUGCCUCCGCUGCCUGCGCCGCCAGCAGGAUGACUUUGCUGAUGACAUCUCUCUGCUCAAGUGAGGGGCCCUCCAGGCCUCAUAGGCCCUCUAUGGCUGUCUACUCUGGCCACAGGCAGGAGACAUGGAGACAGAACAUGUGACCAGAGCACCUCAGGACCCUUACCCACCAGCCUGCCUAUCUUGACAGAGAACCAGAAGAUACUGGCAAGGUGCGUCCCACAGGGAUAAUGUCUUUAGAAGGGGGAAGAGGAAAGAAGGAAGCUCUCCAAUGGCAGGAAAUCCUUUGGUCACUUCAAACCUCAGCUAGGAAAUUUUCUGCUGCUUGAAACUUCAUCCCUAAAAAUUUCACCACCUCACCUACUUCUCCUCAAUCCAAAUCCUUCUUUCCCUUAUUCCCAGAAUUGGUACCAUACCCAGCCUUUGCCCUGCUGGUGUCCUGGGAUUAGACAUGGCCCGCCCUGGUUCUCCUCUUCAGCAGGGGUUAAUGUAUAAUAGCCCCUUAUUUUUGUGUAGAACCCACAUAAAAAAAAACCCUAAUUUGACUACAGGGGUGAAUUUUUUAAAAUUUGUGAAUAGACUGGGGUAUUUAAGUGAUUUUUAUUGGGGGUGGGGGGAAGAGAGGACAAGCAAUGGUAAGAAUGGCAGAUAGAGAGAGAAAGAAGUUAAGGAAAAACAGUAAAUGGGAAGACAGUCUCAGUUUUAGGCCUUGCCAUCGACAUAGGAUACCAUCUCAUAUAGCUCAAACAGGAAGACCCCAAUUUGGUAAGGCACUCCAGCUGUCACGAAUGAACCAGACUGGCCCCUUAACACUAUGGCCAUUGACACUCCCUUUCCUAUUCCUCCUGACUGACUUCAAGGUAAAACUCAGAAGAAAUCCUUGCAAAAUUUGACCAGAGUCCUCAACAUCUGCCUUCAGGAAAGAGCAACCAGAUUGCAAAUCAAAUAUCUCCUCCUGAGGUCUACUUGGCAAAUGACUUUUUUCACUGCCUGGACUCUGUUCUCAGAGCACUGCUAAGACUUCCCAACUUCCUCCCUUUAUUUCAUGCCCACAGACAGAAUAAAUGAAACAAGGCAGAG